AUGCAACGAUUGAAGACCGUGAAGAGAGACACGUGGGUGCGCCAAGCAUCUGAGGCUUUUCCGUUCUGUCUACCCCUCGGGCGUGCUGUAUUUGCUAUUUUCACUAGACCUUUCGGCACUGAUGGACGCUCCUACAAUUACGAUCACCGAGCGACUGGAUAUCGCGGUGGAGGAGGUAUGAUAUUCCUGAAGCCACUCGAAGUGCUACAGAGCAACGAUCAGAACGGCCUCAUCAACCUCGCGAACAUAGACCAACCAGCUACCACCGCCAUCCAGAUUGCUCUAGUCUCGCUGCUUGCGAGCUGGAAUAUCAACCCAGCUGCAGUAGUAGGACAUUCCAGUGGCGAGAUUGCAGCUGCUUAUGCUGUUGGAGCACUGUCUCUAACUUUGUGCACGGCGGUGGCAUAUCACCGCGGAGGAUUUGCGUCGAAAUCUGCUGCUCGCGGUGCCAUGCUAGCAAUAGAUGCCACUGUUGCCGAAGUAACUUCCCUGCUUGGAAAGGUCUCCGAGGGAAAAGCCGUAACUGCGUGCAUCAAUAGUCCGUCGCUAAUCCCGGUGUUGGAAGAUUCAGACGCGGUGGACUCACUGCAAAAGCUCGCGACAGAUGCCAACGUCUUUGUAAGGAGACUCAAGGUGGAUAUCGCAUACCACUCGCAUCAUAGGAGGGACAUCGAGGCCGAGUACCCGAUCAAGCUGGGCGGCAUCAGACCGAAUCGUGCCUUGAGUCAAGCCCACGUCUUUCUCCUCAUUGAGAGGCAAGCAAGUUCUCUGGGAGACUAA